CCUCAGAGUUGUAUUAGCUUCUUCCACUUGUCACCUGACUCUUUGUUCUUUUUCAUCCCCCAUUCAGUACGUAGCACACAGAAAACCAGAAGAAAAAAAAAUAAAGGUUCAAGAAAAUAUACAGCUGCUAUAUACAACACAAAAUGAGCUUGUUCAGAUUUUUUGCUUCCACCAUACUUUUACUAUUCUUGAUUUCUUGCUUCAGCUUCAGCUCAACAGAUGCCUUUGAUCCACUUGAUCCAAAUGGAAACAUUACUAUAAAAUGGGAUGUGAUCAGCUGGACACCUGAUGGAUAUGUGGCUGUGGUGACAAUGUACAAUUUUCAACAAUAUAGGCAUAUUCAAGCACCGGGCUGGAGUUUGGGCUGGACGUGGGCAAAGAAGGAAGUCAUAUGGACCAUGAUGGGAGCUCAAACAACAGAACAGGGAGAUUGUUCAAAAUAUAAAGGAAAUAUUCCACAUUGCUGUAAGAAAGAUCCAACAGUUGUUGACAUGCUGCCUGGAACUCCUUACAACCAACAGAUUGCAAAUUGUUGCAAGGGAGGAGUGAUCAACUCAUGGGGACAAGAUCCGGCAACCGCUGUUAGCUCGUUUCAAGUUAGUGUUGGUGCUGCUGGAACAACCAAUAAAACAGUGCGAGUACCUAAGAACUUCACAUUAAAGGCUCCAGGUCCUGGUUAUACUUGUGGACCUGCUAAAAUUGUGAAAUCGACUAAGUUUGUCUCCGCAGAUGGGAGAAGAGUGACACAGGCUAUGAUGACUUGGAAUGUCACAUGCACUUACUCACAGUUCCUAGCUCAAAAGACUCCUACAUGUUGUGUGUCCCUCUCAUCCUUCUACAAUGACACGAUUGUGCCCUGCCCGACGUGCACUUGUGGCUGUCAGAGUAAUGGCACUCAGCGCGGGAGUUGUGUAGAUCCAGAAACGCCACACCUAGCUUCAGUUGUAUCAGACCAUGGGAAGAACAAUUAUGUUCCUUUGGUACAAUGCACAAAGCAUAUGUGCCCAAUUAGGAUACAUUGGCAUGUGAAACUCAAUUACAAGGAAUAUUGGAGAGUGAAGAUCACUAUAACAAACUUCAAUUACAGGAUGAAUUAUACACAAUGGAACUUAGUUGUCCAACAUCCAAACUUUGACAACCUCACUACAUUAUUCAGCUUUAAUUACAAGUCACUGACUCCGUAUGGAUCAAUCAAUGACACUGCUAUGCUAUGGGGUGUGAAGUUCUACAAUGAUCUGCUCAUGCAAGCAGGUCCUUCAGGAAAUGUCCAGUCAGAGCUACUAUUCCGGAAGGAUGCAUCAACUUUCACUUUUGAGAAGGGUUGGGCUUUUCCUCACAGAAUUUAUUUCAAUGGAGACAACUGUGUGAUGCCUCCUCCUGAUGCAUAUCCAUUCUUGCCAAAUGCCGGUUCACGAUGGGAGGCGUCUCUGAUUACAUUAGUGGUGACAUUGAUGUCUUCAAUGGCAGUUGUCCUUACAUACAUUUAAAAAAUUAUCAUCUGUGUAUAGUUCAAUGUAUAUCUGUUUUAGUUUGUUAUCUCUGGGUUGACAUCCGUGUUAUUGCCAAGAUUGGUGUGUGAGUUGGUAUGGCUGAGCAAUGGCCAUGCGUUCUGACUUGUGGUGUGCAUAUACUAGUUUCAUGCUAAAAGGGCUGCUACCAUAGUCCCUUUAGCAGUUGUGUCACAUAUUUUUUGUAUUUUGUAGGUUUGUCAAGUUCAUAGUGUUUCAAGGCUGUGUAUGGAAGUACAAGACCAAUUCACAAACACAUAUAACUGCUUAUAUUAGAUACUUUGAUAACCUUGUUUUCUCCA